AUGAAUGCUUCUACUGCGACGGGCGUACAAUCUCACAAGGGCGACGCCGCCAUCUCGAGGAAGAGGAAGAUUCACAGAAAAUCGCGGCUCGGAUGUCGGAAUUGUAAACUUCGACGCAUCAAGUGCGACGAACAGCGGCCCAUGUGUGAGAAAUGCGUCAGCUUCGGUGUAACUUGUAACUAUAACGCACUCGUCCCGGACCUUCAGCCGAGUGCAAAUGUCACACAUACGCUCGCCAACGACCAAACAAGCGACGAACGCCUCGUCUCAACAUGUUUCUCGGCCAAUAGACAUAUGCUGAGUAUGGUGAACAUGUACCUGAAUGUAGACAUCGAGAGCGACGCCGCGCUUCAGAGAGACUUGACUAGCAGCGACAUGGACCGUUUGAACAGAUUCCAAAGCAGGACCAUCACAACGAUGGGGACCAAGUCGACCGCUCGCCAUUACCGCAAAGAGAUGAUACACUUGGCCUUCAAUAAUCGAUACCUUAUGCAUCUGGUUCAGUCCAUGACCGCCUUACAUGACCGGUUCCUCGCUGGCAAGGCGAUUGCGAAACAGACGCCGGACGAGAACUACCACAUGGCCCAGGGACUGAGGGGUGUCCAGGCUAAACUCAGUCAUCCCCUCAAAGCGGAAGAUAGGGAUGCUUUGUUCGUAUCUGCGUCUCUGAUUGGAGUCAUUACCUUCUUCUACAUCGAAGCAGAGUCCAUGGGUGAUGUCUGGCCGCUUGCCGAUGGUGACUUGUCGUGGGUGAGUCUCAGUGACGGCAAGAGAGCGAUCUGGAGGGCGACCAAUCCUCUGCGCGCCGACAGCGUAUGGCGACCGAUUGCCGAAUUCUACGAACGCGACUUUAUGUCUGGACAGCAGGUUACCCCUGCACAGGUGUUGUCGCCCUUCGACCAUCUCUGUAGUGAGAGGGACGACUCGAUCGACGCUCUCACCAACCCAUACCACAAAACAGCAAAGUAUCUCAUUUCGUUGCUGGGCUUGGAGAUGAACGAUGCCACCUGGAUCAGAUUUCUGGCUUUCAUCUGUCAUGUCGAUCCUCCCUUCAAGCAAUUACUUGAAGCCAAAGACCCGUGGGCUUUGUUGAUGCUGGCAUACUGGUUCAUGAAGAUAUGUCGAGGCGCAUGGUGGGCGUCAACACGAGCUGUGGUUCAAGGACAAGCAAUCUGUCUGUAUUUAGAGCGCCACCAUGCCGACGACCAAGACUUACAAAAGGCCAUUCCUCUAGCAAAGAAGGAACUGGAAUCGGCCCAGAAAGAAGGCUGGGCAGGGCUCGAGGAUGUCUUGUUAUUUGGACCCGAAUACGUACAACAUGUCAAGCCGGCAGGCUUACUUUGA